GUUGGCUGCGGCGCGCGGGCGGAAGUGUGCGGUUCGCGCUGGCCGACGGGCGCGCGGCUGUUUGAAAGCGCGUCAUGGCGCGGCGGCUGCCGGAGCCCGUCGGGCCCCGGCCGGCGGACGAGAUCGAGCCGGCGGACGAUCCGAACGCGAAGCGGGACGUCCUGGAGCACCUCUGCGCGAGGACGCAUCUGAAGCAGCUGGUGAUGGAGUUCAGCACCGCCUGCUCGCGCGGUGAAGGGUGUAACAAUGGCGUCGACGUAAACUUUAUCGAGAGUGCCAAAGAAAGUUUGGAAGAAGUGGGGAAAGUAAAAGCUGCCUUUGAAAACAAAGCAUUAGUCUUGCAAAGGAUCCAGCUUAUGGAUGCUCUGAGAAACAGACUGAAACAAAAUGAUAGUCGCACAUGUCUGAUCAUGGAAACGAUGAAAGACAUAAUGAUGCUUAACUGGGAAAUACUUCAAGCUCAUCGGCAAGCAUGUGUGAUUAGAGAGAAUUUGAAUGACCUCAGAAGGCAAAGAUACUUUCUGAAACAGGCCGAAGGAGAGAAGGCACUGAGAAUUUUUACCACAAUGAGAAAAAAAAAGGAAGUAGUGAGAAAGAAAAUGACUGAAAAGUUGAAGUUUAUCCACAAGAAUUUACAGCAUGAAAGGAAUGUGACUGUGUUAAUUCAAAAUAUAUUCCAGAAUAUCAUAGUUGGAUGCCGAAUCAACUGGGCCAAAGAUCCAUCUUUAAAAGCAGUUUUUCUGCAGCUUGAGAAAGAUACCUCCAUUCAGAAUCUCUUGUAGUCGGGAAGCUGAUGUUUGACUUUAGACUGUACUUACUUAAUAUACUAUACCUUAUUGUGUGAAAUUACCCUUUUAGCAUGAGAUUUUAACCUUUCUGAAAUUUCUCUUUUCUACAGACUCAGACUAUAGCCAUGCCACUCACUUUUCCAAAGUGAUAUUCUAACUUGGUAGACAGCAGGUGUUACAGUGCCUAUAAUGUAGCUGACAAAAGGAGUUCAAGAGCCAGUUUGCUGCUGUGCUAUGCCCAUAACUAAUUUCCCUGUGAGAUGCAGCAAUUAUACAAAAAAUGACAAUGUGUGUUAUGAGCAUUUACUGGGGGGCUGACAGUGUGGCCCUGCCAAUUCCCUGCACAGAGGGAGAGGUGCCCGCGUGGCUCUAUGCCUCCAGGCCCUGGGCACCGCGCCCUAUGCAGAGCUCAGGCUGCACAGCUUGCUUAUAUCCUUAUUUUAAACUCUGGACAUUUUCUGUAUACUCUGAAAUGUGUUGCUGCACUGCAUGGUGUGUAGCUAAGGUGAGCUCCCAGGAAUCAGAUGGAGGUUGCUGCUGCUGUCCCACCUGGAAAACAGAAGUGAGAGAAGCGGCUUCAUGUGGGCAGUAUCCCACUUCUUUAAACACUGACGACUACGUGCCUAACCUGUACUCAAUUCGCUAAACCUGUCGGCGUGUAACGACCUAAAUAAAGAGCUACUGCUGCUGCUUCUA